AUGUUGCACGACAUGCAACGAAUUUUAGGCAUUGGUAUUAAUGGUUCACUGCCGGCUGAACCCGCUGGUGGUGACUGGAAGCUAGCAUUGGCCGGUCGGUUUGGAGAGCUCAUGUUUGAGCUGCGGAGGAAGGGGUACUUCACCAGCAGGAGCAUCAAUGUUGGGGAAGUUUUGCACAUGUGCCAUCGGUCUCAGGCUUUAGAGACACAGUCCACGGCCUACUACAUGGCUAUUAUUGGUUCGACACUGCUUGUGGAUGAGACCAGGAUUGGGAUGCGACCUCACCCUAUACUAACUGUUAACACCGAUCAGGAUGAGAUUGCUUGGGGUGCAGUGACCCUAGCGUAUUUGUACCGACAAUUGGAUAUGGCGUCUAGGGCUGGUUGCAAGACCAUUGCCGGUUGUCUUACAUUGCUGCAGACUUGGAUAUACGAGUACUUUCCGGCGUUUCGCCCCCAUCCUUGUCGAGCUGAUGUGCCUAACACGACCAGGGCGAAGAUAUGGUCGCCGCAGAAGCUAGUUCGUGACUUGAGUAGGCUGAGACAGUGUAGAGUGGAAUGGAUCUCAUACAAUACUUCUCCUAGGGCAUUACUAAAUGAGCAGCCACGCACCACAUUCAUCGGGGGUAUCACUUGUUUUGAUAUCGUAGAGGUGUAUUUGCCCGAGAGGACAGUCAGGCAGCUGGAUUUUGAACUUUCUCGGGCAUCUAUUCCAUCGGAGGCUGCUGGUGAAUACGUUGACUGGUUUAGAGUAUGCUCCCACCCAUUCCUCCUCCCCGGCGAAGGACCUAAUGCUGAUUUUGGUGCAACUGAUAGCAGAUUUGUUAAUAAAUUUCCGAGUCGACUCGUGCCGCUGAUGAGGAUGCCUGCCAUCCCCGAUAUGACCCCUUGGGAACGACAGACUGUUUACAUGGAAGAAGUUAAAGAUUUGUUUGCCGAAUGGCAAGCUUUUACAGGGCACGACCCUUCAUAG